CAGCUAGAUAUUCCACUGUGUCCUGCAGUGACCGCUGAUGAGGAGUGGAUGUGCCUGAUCCCCGGCUCUGUGCGCACGGCCUCUGAGGAUGGAGGUGGAGGUGGAGAGCUGCUGGCUGCUGCUGCUGCUCUGCUGCAUGACGCUCCACAGCGAGGCCAUCGAGACGGUGAACGUGGUGGACUUCUGCGGUCAGACCAUCCGUGGUGACGGCAUGAUCGUCAACUCGCACCAGGAGUCCAAGAAGUACUACUUUGUUACCAUGGGGACGGACUGCCACCUCACCAUGCAGGCCAGCUCGCCCAAAGACAAGGUCCAGUUCCACUUCCGCUUCUUCCUGGUCUACAGUUUGCUACGAGUGUCCCCUCUGAGCCCGGCCCCUCUCUUUCCAGAGUCCCCUCGUGGCUCCGUGCCUCUCAACCCCAGACUGGAGCCCACCUCUGGGGAGAGUUUGGGGGACCCGUGUCACGCUGGCUCAUAUGUUCAGUUCUACGAUGGACGCGAUAGGAGCUCGCCUCCUCUCGGGCCCCCUCUCUGUGGGAAGAGCGCCCCCCGGCCGGUGCUCUCCACAGGAAACUACCUGACCCUGAGGCUGGUGACCCGCGGGACUCAGCCCAGAGUCGACUUUGUGGGGGACUUCACCUCCUUCAGACUGGGUUUUAACCAAUCAGAUUGCAGCAAUGAGCCCUAUUUCACCUGCAGGAAUGGGAAGUGUGUCCCUCUCAGUCUGGUGUGUGAUGAAAAAGGUAUCGACAACUGUGGGGAUGGAAGUGACCUGGAAGAGAACCUGACUACGGGUUGUAAAGCAGGUCAGCUGUUACCUCCUGAACCUCCACCGCCAAUAGCCACCCCACCCCCACCUUUUGUGAAACCACCCACAGCGCCAGUUCCUACACGCAUCAACUGUGGCGUGCCCGACAGCGCCCCCAGCCAUGAGUCCGUAACAGACUCUCCUGCCUCCCUGUCCCUGUUGGUUCUGUACAUCCUCCUGGGGGUGGUGGGGGGUGGCGUGGUGCUGUGCUGGUGCUGCUGGUCCCCCGGAUGGUUCCUGUGGCGCGUCAGCUUCUGCCGCUUCCUACCCUGCUGCAACUCGGCCUGCGCCUCCUGCCAGCUCUGCGCCCGCAGCUGCACCCACAGCAAGGAGCACCGACUGGCUAAAGUCACCCCACACACACCCGUCAACGGGAUCAUGACGGGCACGGCGGCCCCCACCAACAGUGCUGAUGAAAACAUUACAGCAGCUGUUUAGAGCCGGAGGAUCAGUGUGUGCUCAUUGAGACACGCUGAUACUGAGCUGAGAUCAGUAACCACUAACAGAUACUGCAUCAGGCUGUAUGGUGGGGGGGGGGGGGGGGUUGGUGGGACUGACAGAGCUGAACUGUGGGUUGUGUACUUUAAAUGUGAUGAUUACUGCUGUUAUGUUUCUGUAAGAAGGUAAAGCAGGGUACAGUGUGACUGUGGAUCCUGUAAAAAGUGUGAAUGCAGCGUUAAGAUUAAGGGUUCUUAGAAUGACUUAAAAAACAUUUAUUGUUUACAGCCCGUUUCGCUUUUUCUUACAUAUUAUGAUAAAAGCACAUUCUGUUUAAGAGACUGCUUAAAAAGUUACACUGAAAACACCGAAAGGUUGACUUUAAUUAAAUGUAUUAUGUCAACAGAUUUACAUAACUGUAUUAGGUUAGUUGAAAGCACUGAUAUUAAGUUGAACCUAAUAUUUAUUCAAAUUUGAUAUUUUUGCUUUUGACUCACCUCAUUCAGUUAUGUGAAAUCUGUUGACAUAAAACAUUUAAAGUCAACGUUUCAGUUUCUUCAGUGAAGAGAAAUGCAGCAUUCAUUUUGUCCAGUUUUCAGAGGAGCGAUGAAGAGUGUUAAGUUGUGAGUGAACAGUUUAUAUUCAUAUGUUUCUUUGUAUAUAAAUGUGUUCCUGCUCUGUAUUAGAGGUAAUAGUUUAGCCAUGCAGUGAAGUACACUUCCCGUCCACAGCUUUGACCAAAAGGACAGCGUGGACACAUGCUGAGGAGACCUUCAGUCUCCCACCUGCAGACAGCAGCUGUUCUCCCUGGGUGGAAUUCCUUCAGACAGUAUAAGCCAACAAGUGCAAAGUCAUUCAGUGUAAAGCAGUCCAAAAAUUGUCGGAAAAACAGCCUUGUAAGUGUGAAUUUCUAACACGUUAUUCUGUGUACUUAUAGUAAAUCACAUCAACGCUAGUCAGCCAACCUAAAUCAAUAUGUCAAAAGAAUCAAUUUCUUUGGGGAAAAAUGAAAUAAACAAAUAUACAUACAGUAUUUACCGGUGGCUGGAAAAGGCUGAUCUGAUCGACAACACAGACGCAGUAACCAUGGCAGCAGAAGAACAGGCGCUGAGCACCGGAUCUAUAGAGACCGGGUUCCACCAUACCAGACAGGUAUAGAAGACCCUGAGACAGUCCAGCACAUAACAGCAGGCUGUAAGACGCAGGCAGGUACAGCACACAUGGAGCGCCAUAACCAAGAGGCUGACAGUGGUUCAGUCUGUAGGGACUUGGGCUUUGAAAUGAAGGGUCGGUUCACGUCCCAUUCGGACCAAUAAAAUACGGAGUUCACCACCUGGGCCCCGCCAAAGUGCCCUUGAGCAAGGCACCAAACCCCCAACUGCCUGUGAGACUGGCAGCCUUCGCUCUGGCACACCUGGCAUGUUUAUGUGUGCAACCUACAAAAACUGUGUAGUGUGUCAAAUUGUAUGUGUACUAAAAAUGCAAGUGCAUGCGUGUGGUUAUUGCAUGCAUGU